CGCUGGAAGGAAGUGGCUGUGAAGCUCAUCACUCACUCUGAUGUGUGUGUGUGUGUGUGUGUGGGGGGGGUUGCCUCACGCACACACACUCGCUCCCCUUCCCUUCCUCUCUCUCAUUCACUCACUCACACUGGGUGAUGCACUCUCCAUUCUUCUCUACCUGGGGCAGUGGAGAAGGCCGGGGAGACGCACAAAAGCAAAUUGAAAUGCUCCAGUGAGUGCUUUCUUGACAUGAUGCAUUGCUCAUGAGAUGCGGCCUGGCCCUGCUGCUACACUUUGUCAGCGUGCUGAAACACACUGGCCCAACAUCCAAAACACUACAGUCAUACAGUACAGCACAAACCACAUUACUCUCCCCGGCUUUCUGCUGACCUUCUACAUUCAUUUCCUUCUUGAUUCGAGCCCACCACCACAGUUCCAUUUACAGCAUAAUGUGAUCCUGUGUAAGGCUGUGUGAAAAACUAAAAGCAACAUCUAGAUAGGGUUUAAAUGGAACAAGGAAGUGGCUCGCUUGAGGUGUCUUUCCAGUUUCUGUUGUCAGUUGCCACGUUACACUGCUGCAGAACUGGUUCCUCCUCUCUGCUUUCCAUCAGAACAUCAACAUUUCAACAAUGACGCUUCCCUCCUGGAAAAAAAGAAGCGUGUUGAUCUCAGCCUAGCUGAGCGGAGCUUCACCGGGAGCCGGUUUUACAGACAGAAGGUGGCCGUGGCGAUGACCCUGUUUGUCCAGUGAGAUAAACCUCAACAUCUACGCGUCAGGUUUUCGCCGUGCACUCAGGAUUAAUGUCCUCCUCGAAUGAGACGCGCAGAGCAAACUCUGUCGGCCUUGAGCUGCCUGUGGUGGAGGAAAAAAAAAUCUGAAUUCUUUGGAGACGCCCGUUCCUUGGGCAGUGUGGUGCCACCAGACAAGGCCUUCAUUGAGCAGGAACAGGAGUGGUCUUGUAGAAGGGAUCCACACUGGCUCAGCCUACGAAGCAACAGAGCUGUCCAAGGACGAUUAAAUAUUUAAGAGCUUGGAAAGGAGGUCUCAGUGGUUUCCCUGAUUUUCCAGGGAGUGCUCCCUCUUCGCAGUGAUGGAGGUAUUACAGUGUGAUGGCUGUGACUUCCGAGCUGAGUCAUAUGACGAUUUGAAGACCCACAUUCAGGAAGUGCACACGGUUUUCCUGCAGCCUGCAGAUGCAGAUGAGUCUGAUUCUCUGAAAGAUGAGGAUGAGGAAGAGGAGGAAGAGGAGGAGGACUAUGAGGACAAGGAUGACGAGGAUUAUACACCUCCUAAAGCUGGAAUAAGCCCCAACGCUACUGACAGUUCUAACCAAACAUCACAAAAGCAGACAGCUGAAACCCAUCUGCCAUUUUACCAGUGCAAGUUCUGUGUCCGUUACUUCAGAUCAAAGUCAUUCUUGAGAAACCACACCAAAAAAGUGCACAAUGUGGCGCUGGAAGAUUCAGACGCAACUGUGUCCUCUGAGACAGGGAAGUUGCCCAGUUACACCGUUAUAACGCACAAAGAUCAUUCAAAAGUGUAUUCCUGUCAGUACUGCACAUACAAGUCUCCACGCAAAGCACGGAUAGUGAAGCACCAACUAAUGUAUCAUAGCAAAGUUCCCUCAGAGAGCGCUGAAGAGGCCUCAGAAUAUGCAGAGAACACAGAGAAAUGUGCCUCGGCCAGCAGACUUAUGAAGGGAACGUUCGCGUGUGAAUGGUGUGACUAUCAGACUGAUCAGAAGGACAGCUGGACUAAUCACGUGGUGAAGGAACACAGUGACAAGGUCAAGAUCGUUUCCUGCAAUGCAGCUCUGGAAGGCGAGGCAAGCGCAAGCUCGCCCAAACCAGAUUCUCCCUCCUCCUCCUCCUCGUCCCGUAGCCCAGAUAGAUCAAAAGCCAGUUUUGCCGAUGUUGGUGAAAAAGAUGACCGUGCAGUGAAAACGCCAGAGAGCGACCUGGAGAAAUCGGUUCCAGACCUCUCGUCUUUUCAGUAUGCACAAAUUAGUGCAGCGACACCGAACAGCACAGGCUCCUCUAUUCUGUCCAAGAGGUUUGCUUCAUCUGACGUGUCCAACAGUGUCAUGGAUGCCAACUUGCUCAAUGAGGAAGACUCCAGGAGCAGCUUAGAGGAUGGUGAUGAUGAUGAUGAAGAACUGGGUGAUAUAGAUGAUCCCAGCUAUACUGGAACCCUGUCAGCAGACGCAAAGCAGCUUCUAACAGAUGAGGACAAUAAACUACUGGAGACUAAAGGAAUACCUUUCAGAAAGUUCAUGAAUCGAUUUCAGUGCCCUUUCUGCUCUUUUCUCACCAUGCACAGACGCAGCAUCUCCCGCCACAUCGAAAACAUUCACCUGUCUGGGAAAACCACAGUGUAUAAGUGCGAUGAAUGCACAUUUAUUUGCACCAGCCCUCUAAAGUUAGGCACGCACAAACAGAGCCACAGUACCCCUGAUCCAGAUACUUUGGACCUAACGAGUGAUAGUCCAGAACCUCACGGUGACAGUGCUGCAGAGCCUCUCGGUGAGGGGAAUCCAAGCGCCAAGGUCAAUGGAAAAAAGAUAACCAGCACUUUGAACGACCAGCAGAACCCACAUAGAUGCACGCUCUGCAGCUUUUCCACCACCACUCUAAAAGGUCUGAGGGUUCACCAACAGCAUAAGCAUUCCUACUGUGAUGACCUAGAUCCCACUGUCUAUGAAAACCAGCUGACUGACCAGCCAGAUGCUGAAGUGGAUGCUUCUCCAAUCUUUCUACAAAAAACCCAGACCUCCAUUUUAGGACUUGCCACCAAAAAGCCCUUAGUAGCAGGAAAAAGAGCAAGGAAGUCUAUAAAUGACUUGCCUUUGGAUUUGUCUUCAGUGAAAAAGAGAACCAGAAUUGAUGAAAUUGCCAGUAACCUUCAAAGUAAGAUAAGCCAAAGCCAGCAGGACAUGAUCAUAAAUCUGGACGACAUGGAUGAUGACGAUGUAGGAGAAAGUCAUGACAACUCUGAUGAUGUAAGAAACGGUGUUAGUAAAAUCCCUGUUUUUGCCUACAACACACAACUGCUUCAUGCAAGAGGACCGCAUGAAGGCAGAAUAGGCAAAAGAAAGAGCAACCCAAGGUCAAAGCCUAGAAGCAUUCCCAUAUCGCUGACCCUCUCUGAUGACAGUGAGAAUAUCUCUGCGGAUACUAGCGAUGGUGCUGCCCAGGAGAACAUUGAAUAUUCUGAAGAACCUGGAACCACACGCUUCUAUUGUAAACACUGUGACUACCACAACAAAUCGGCUCGUAGCGUCAGUACCCAUUACCAGAGGAUGCACCCUUACAUCAAGUUCAGCUUUAAGUAUAUCUUGGACCCAGAAGACCAGAGCGCCGUCUUCCGCUGCUUAGAGUGCUACAUUGAGUACACGAAUUACAAUGAUCUGCACCAACACUACAUGGAGCACCACCCUGAAGCCAGCAAUGUGCUCAACUUCAACCAGCCCCACCUGUUAUACCUGUGCCGCUUUUGUUCGUACACAAGCCCAAAUGUCAGGAGCCUGAUGCCACAUUACCAAAGAAUGCACCCAACAGUGAAAAUCAACAACGCCAUGAUCUUCUCCAGCUACAUCGUGGAGCAGCCUCACAAAACAGGAGAAUCGCAAACCCUGAGGGAAAUACUAAACUCUGGCCCCAAAACUUUGAACUCGGCCACAUCCACUCCCAGGUCCUCCUCAAGCCCAGUGCUGAAAAGUGGUUCGAAGACUCCCGAAUCCAGUGGUGAGUUAGACCCUGUCAAAGACGCUGUGGCUGGUAAUGUUGUUGUCUAUGAUUGUGAUGUGUGUUCCUUCAGUAGCCCCAACAUGCACUCUGUUCUGGUCCACUACCAGAAGAAACAUCCAGAGCAAAAGGCCUCUUAUUUCCGCAUUCAGAAAACCAUGAAGGUCAUGUCAGUGGAUCAGUCCCAGCCUCUAGGCAACUCUUCAUUUAACCUUAGCAUGUCUACGCCACCAAAACAAUCAAGUGCAGUGCUGUACGGAUCGGAUGAAGAAAUGUACUACUGUAAACACUGUGUGUACAGUAACAGGUCAGUUGUUGGGGUAUUAGUCCAUUACCAAAAAAGACACCCUGAAGUAAAAGUGACAGCCAAAUACAUCAAACAUGGCGCCCCAACACCUGGUCUGAUGAAGUUAAUGGAUGAAUUGCAAAUUGCAACCCCCAAGCAGUUUUUGAAGCAGUUUCAAAACAACGGUCACGAUGGCUCUAACAACUCAAGCCCCAAACCAGGAAGUGGUGAGCGAGGUGAGGACGAGCUGUUCUUUUGUCAGCACUGCGACUAUGGCAACCGCACUGUAAAAGGAGUGCUCAUUCACUACCAGAAGAAGCACAGGGAAACCAAGGCUAACGCUGACCUUGUGCGUCGCCACACUGCAGUCGUCCGGAGCCAGCGCGAGCGAGCACAGAUGGUUCAGUCGGGUAGCGUCUCCUCUGCCACGGCCCCAGCCCCGCCAGACGCUGAGAACACCACGCCCCUCCGUUCCCUUAAAUGCAGACACUGUUCCUAUGCAUCGCCGUACGUCUACGCCCUUAAGAAGCAUCUGAAGAAAGAGCACCCCACUGUGAAAGCCACAGCCAUGACCAUUUUGCACUGGGCUUACCAAGACGGCAUUCUGGAGGCUGGCUACCACUGUGAGUGGUGCAUUUACUCCCACUCUGAACCCCAGGGCCUGCUGCUCCAUUACCAAAGACGCCAUCCCGAGCAUAAUGUCGAUUACACAUACAUGGCCAGUAAACUCUGGGCCGGGCCGGAAACCACCCAACAACAAGGGGGCAAUAUGGAAGCCAAGCAUUACAAAUGCAGAGACUGUGCCUUUGAGGCUUGUACAAUAUGGGACAUCACCAGUCACUACCAGGCGGUCCACCCCUGGGCCAUCAAAGGGGAUGAAUCUGUGCUCUUGGAUAUCAUCAAAGGGAAUGGUUCAGCUGAAAAUAUCCACCAGAAGGUUGCCAAAGAACACUUGUCUUUCAACUGCCAGUCUGUUGACGAUGACGGAGCCCUGGUCAUUGCCACCCCACCUCAAGAAAGCAAUCCCCAUUCUUCCCACCCACGUCUUUCUAUCUCUAAUAACCCCUACAGGUGUACUGUAUGUCUGUCAGAGUACAACAGUCUCCAUGGCCUCCUCACUCACUAUGGAAAGAAGCACCCAGGCAUGAAAGUAAAAGCUGCAGACUUUGCACAGGAAGCAGACAUCAACCCCAGCUCUGUGUAUAAAUGUCGCCACUGUCCAUAUGUGAAUUCUCGCAUCCACGGUGUUUUAACUCACUAUCAGAAGAGACACCCGCUAGUGAAAGUCACAGCAGAAGACUUUGCAGAUGACAUAGAGCAAAUCCCUGACUUAAACGAGGGGGACGACAAGUGCAAGACCCAAAGGCAGGGAUAUGGCGCGUACAGAUGCAAAAUGUGCCCGUACACGCAUGGAACACUGGAGAAGCUCAAAAUUCAUUAUGAGAAGUAUCACAAUCAGUGUGCUUCCGAUAUGUUUGCUCCUUCGCUGACAAAUUUCUGUUCUGGUAAAGAUACAGAGCCAGUAGCUGAAUGCAGCGCCAGUAAUAUAUCAAGCGCAGCAACGGUCCAGGAGGUCAGUGAGUUGGACCUUGCCCUCUCCCAGUUACCCAUCAAUAAGGUAGAGAAGCAUGCUAUAUUCAGGUGUCAGCUCUGCAAGUACUUCUGUUCCACCAGGAAAGGCAUCGCUCGCCACUACCGUAUCAAGCACAACAAUGUCCGUGCUCAGCCAGAGGGUAAAAACAAUGUCUUCAAAUGUGCUUUGUGCUCAUACACAAACCCUAUACGCAAAGGCCUGGCAGCCCACUACCAGAAGCGCCAUGAUAUCGAUGCCUAUUAUACCCAUUGUCUGGCUGCUUCCAAGACUUUGAGCGAUAAGCCUAACAAAGUGCUGGCGCCCUCGCCGUCGGAAGGAGACAAUUCAGAGAUGAGUGAAGACCUGCGUUUGGCUGUGGAGAGACGCAAGUGCUCUCUCUGCAGCUUCCAGGCCUUCAGCAGGAAGAGCAUCGUCUCGCACUACAUUAAACGCCACCCCGGUGUCUUCCCCAAGAAGCAGCAUUCUAGUAAACUCGGCCGCUACUUCACCGUUAUCUAUGCCAAAGAACCCGAGAAGAUUGCUGUCAGUGAAAUGGCAGAGGAAGACAAGGAAGUGCUGGAGGUUCCACUUGACACUGAGCAGGACGGAGAGGCUGAAUGGCUGCCAUACAAGUGUCUAAAAUGCUUCCAGUUGUCCUUCAGCACCGGCGAGCUGCUCUCUAUGCACUACAACGACCACCAUGGCGGUGACUUGAAGAGGGACUUUGUGGUAUCGCCCGGUCCCGAAGAGGAGGACUCUGAGUUGUAUCAGUGUUCUCACUGUGAGCUGAAGUUCCUGGCUCUCCCAGGUCUGGCGAAACAUCUGCUGAACCACAGCGAGGAGUUUCAGAAAAGGGCCAUGAGGCAGGAGAGGAGGAGGCAGCUUCUCAGCAAACAGAAAGCUACGGAACUACCUGACACCAAGUCUGAGAAGGAAAGCCCUGUAAAUAAAACACCCAUUGGAUUCCGGUGCAACUUCUGCGUAGAAGUGCACCCCACCCUCCGAGCCAUCUGCAACCACCUUAGGAAGCAUGUCCAAUAUGGGGAAGUCAAAGAGGGACACGUCAAGCAGGAAGUCAGCGAGGUCCCCCUCACUCUGUCUUCAGAGAGCCUAACUAAUGGCAACCUGGAGGAGAAUGAGACAGCUGAAGACGACGGCCUCGAGAGACCCGCAUCCUCCACAAUGAGCCCACCCUUGGCUUCCACAGCCUCCGGCGAUGUUUGCGUUGCCACGGAGACGCUGGAUCCAGAAAUGGACGCCGCCGAGGGCCGGGCGGCCGCCCUGGUGGCCGCGGCGAGGGCCGUGGUGUCAGAGACCCAGCUGAAGCAGCGUCUAGCAGCGGGGGGUCACCCGUGUGCCCAGUGCAACCGCGUCUUCAUGUCCAUGCAGGGACUCCGCUCCCAUGAGAGGAGCCACUCAGCCAUGGCACUGUUCAGCAGGGAGGACAAAUAUAGCUGCCAGUACUGCCAGUUUGUCUCACCCUUCAGACACAACCUGGACAGACAUGUGCAGUCUCACCACGGGCACCACAAGCCCUUCAAGUGCAAGCUCUGCCCCUUCAAAUCCUCCUACGCGAGUCGCUUGAAGAGCCACCUGCACAAGGCGCACACAGGUGAGCAGCACGCGUACAAGUGUUUGUCGUGCCCGUUCUCCUCCAUGACCAUCAGCCAGCUGAAGGAGCACUCCCUGAGAGACCACGGUGAGGCUCUGACCCUCCACAAACUCCGAGCUGCCACACAGGCUGCUCACGGCGCCCUCAGGCCGUCCCGUCUGACCAGCACCGCAGAGCUCACAGAGACUCUUUUGGCCCCGGAUGACCCGUCGUACCUGGAGCCGGCGGACGUCCGUCAGCAGCUCAGUCACUACCAGCUGGCCUCCCUCAGUCAAAUCUCCACCGCCGCCGGCCCGUCGGCGCCGGACCACCGGCCCGACGGCGUCCUCACGUGCGAGUUCUGCGAGUUCAGCUCCGGCUACAUGCAGAGCCUGCGGCGGCACUACCGCGACCGCCACGGCGGCAAGAAGCUCUUCAAGUGCAAGGACUGCUCCUUCUUCACCUGCUACAAGAUCACCUUCAACAUGCACGUGGAGGCCGGCCACAACAGCAACGCGCCCGAGGACCUGCCCAAAGACCUGCGCUGCCCCCUCUGCCUCUACCACACCAAGCACAGGAGCAACAUGAUCGACCACAUCGUGCUGCACAGAGAGGAGCGCGUGGCGCCUCUGGAGGUCAGCCGCUCCAAACUGUCCCACCACCUCCAGGGCCUGGUGUUCCGCUGCCACAAAUGCACCUUCACGUGCUCCAGCGACCAGGCCCUGCAGCUGCACCUGCAGAAGCACGCCGAGAUCAAGCCCUACCAGUGCCAGCUCUGCUACUACGACAGCGGCCGGCGCAGCCAGCUGGAGGAGCACCUCCGCCUCGAGCACAAGGUUAUUCGUAACUUUGAGCUGAUGGGCCGGGUCAACCUGGACCAGCUGGAGAUGAUAAAGGAGCAAGGGAGCAGCGCGGAGGAGGAGGAGGAGGAGAGGGACCUUUUGGAGAUGGUUGUGGAUGACAAAGCGUCGGCAGAGGAGGAGGAGGACGACGACGACAACGAGGGGAUGGAAGGUAUGGAGGACAUGGAGGAACAGAGGGAGGUGGACGAUGAAGAGCUGGAGGACAACAUCAAGGAGGAAGAGGAGCAGGACGAGGAAGAGGAGGAGGAGGAUGAGGAGGAAGUUAAGGGGGUGGAGGAAGAGAAGCCUGCUCAAGAAGUCCUUGCGUCUCCAACCAGCAGCAGCAGCAGCAGCAGCAGCAGUAGCAGCUCUGGACUGAGCAGCGCAGAGAAGCGUCUUCCCUGUGAGUUCUGUGGCCGCUGUUUCACCAACAGCACUGAGUGGGAACGGCACGUUCUUCGACAUGGCAUGAUGGUUAACAGCAGUCGGAUGGACACCAGCACCUCUUCAGCAAUAGAGGCCUCAGCUUCAUCUUCCACCGGCUCCUCCAUGUUACAGGACACAGGUCUGGACCUAUCCAGCCCCAGAGUCGAGGAGGACGUCCCCGCUGAUCUGUCCACGAGAAACCAGAGUCAGUCUAUGGAAGACGAAGAAAUGAUGGAGUCCAAAUAGGAUCCACGGCCUGUUUGAGCGGACUGUGGCCUGUUUAGAUGUCCAGCUACUGUAGAAAAUGACCAUGACGUUGGCUCAGCGCUCUCAGCGCUGGGUUUCAUCUUGAAAAACAAGAAACAAAGGAAACAAAAGGAUUGAAACAGACAAACAAUGACUUUUUAUGAGUUGGCGCAUUACUAGUUUUUAGGUGUUGCAUAUAUAAGUAUUAGGUUGUGCUGCAUAAAAUGGCUGAGCCCUUUUAAUGGGCGGUCCCCUAGGACAGAUCUUAAUAUAUUGGUAACCAAUAGUGAACAGAACUCUUUAUUGCUGACAUUCUGGUCAAAAGUACAGAGGAAGAUCCCACCUAGAUGAAACUAAGGUAUUUAAAAAGAAUGUUGUCCAAAAAUUAAUUACAAAAUUGAGCAUUUUAUUAUUUCAAGCACCUUUUAACCCCCUCCCCCCCAACACACACACAACCUGGCUACUGCACCGUAACCAAAGGUCACAAACAUGGAAUGAAAGCAUUUACUGUGGAACUAUCUCUCCCUUGUAUUCUGUUAAAGUUGGACUUUCUCAUCUUAGUCUUGUUAAAUAUUCCCUGAGGAAGAGCCGCACCUUAUCUAUUUUAGUGGAAAAAUUAAUAAAUUAUGUUCUCUUGGUUCAAAGAUAUACCCACAACUUCCCCCACUGUUUGUAGCAAAUUGCUAUAUUUUCGGCCUCUUGAUGUUAUACUAUGUAUAAGCCUUCAGUCUGUGGAAUCCGUUGAGUUUUGCAUUUGUACUAUCUGUCUAGUAAUCACACUGAGAAAUUAUGGAAAUGAGGAAGUAAUUUAAAGGACGUUCCCCCUCAUAGAUAUUUUUGUCGUUUCCUGUCCAGGUUACGGUUGUGACAAUUAACCUGCGUGGUCAGCAGCUCGAAUAACAAGUGAUACAAGUCAUGACCGCUUCCAUAUAGUAGAAGUCUCUGUUCAUGGGAAAUAUGAGUAAAAGUUCUGACCGAUGAAGAUACAGAGAUUACACUUGUCUUUUCAGUACCAAACAAAGUGAUUGGACGUGUCAAAACGCAGCCCGGCCCACGUAUUUACGAGGAGCUGUGCUUUUAAUGCACCCAAAGGUGCACGUUAUACAUACAAAUAUAUCUAUAUAUAUACAUAGAUCCCUUCCAGAGAUCUUCUGAGCAGUUGGCAUCCUGUGCAGCACAGCCUGCCUCAGGAUCCAGCUGCAUUAUGAACAGUGAAGUGUCGACAACCACAGCUUUGUGCCUUAAAGUGCAGUUCCUCCGAUGACCACUGUAUUGCCUUAAACUCCUCAUCAAACGUCUUUCACACCGAACGACCCUCUCAAAACAUAAAGCUAACUUUUAACUUCCAAGAGUUCAUGGUUCAGUAGCCAACUGUUUGUAAUAUUUGCAUCAUUGGCUGUGAAAGGUACCGGUACAAUAUAAUGUCAGAUCUGAGCAUAAAUGAAGUCCUCCUCAAGGAUCUCCUGUAGUUGCUUUGUUAAUUUGUCGUUAGUGGAGUUGUUUGCUUUUCUUACCAGAUAAAUUGUCCCACUUUAUUAAGGCUUUAGGAAAAUUACUGUGGCUGUUACCUCAAACGCCACAAAUGGAUUUUCACACCAUUAGAGGCCGGUUUGAUUAAUGUCCGGGUGACUCGUCUCUCACUGUGACCCCUGGAGAUGACUUGACUCCCUCCAUGUUGCUUUUUGUUGUCUGUCUUUGUAUGUUUAGGAUCUAAAUGGGUGGCUGGAAUAUAGAGUAAUAUAUGUUUAUGGAGUUUAGACGCGUGACCAUGUCUUCAUUCAGUCGAUAUUGCAGUUUUGACGGAAUAAACUGACAAGACAAGUGUAACCAGGUAUGGCUCCCACAUAUGUGCCCCUGGGAUUGUACUGUAUGAUAACGAUUCAUGAAGUGUUGAAUUCCCUCGGCUUAAACCCUGUUCCUCAUCCUGUCACUUUCUGUGUUUGUGUUUCUUUUGAGGCAAAGUUGUCCUGUUAUCACGGUUCAGUAUGCGUGUUGGGAUUUGCUGCUUGAAUGCCUUAAAGCCUUAUAAGAAAUAAACGGCAAUUAAGUCAAAUCGAUGUCCCACUCCAACGAGACCAGUUAGCAACGUUAAACAGUCCAAAAUGAAACCACUCACAUUAAGUAUCAUCCAGAUCUCGAUGAAGAAUUCGCCUGCUUUGUUUGCUGCUGUGCUUGUCUGAUGGAAAUGGGAGACGUGGGUUCAGUCCGUUGCGUUUUCGAACUGGAGUUCUAUGGAUCGACUACAUGUAUAGAAAACCGAGCUACUCCUAAGCGUUUGAACUGUGGUGUUUCAGAAAGGAUGCGUCUGCGUAGUUUUUUUUUCCUUUUUAGGUGUUUUUUUUUUUGCUUUAAAAUAAAAAACAACAAAAAAAUGAAUCUAAAGAUGAUACAGUAGAUAAAACCUGGGGCUUUGUGAGUCCCUGAUCCAGCGUUACUACACUGUCGUACAAUGUCUGGUUCCGAUGAAAAUAUCUCCUUUUUGUACUGUAAUGGGGAUGGACAGAUAGGAAGCACAGUGUCAUUGUACAAUAUUUAAACACAUGAAGGAAAGCAAUGAUGUUGUCUAAUAACUAAAGGCCAGAAAACAUGGCAAAGACAAAGAAAAGAUUAGUUUCUCCUCAACUGCUUGGUCUUUUUCGGGGCUUGUUCUCAGUCAGUCCUCAGAUCCCAAAGAGAGCUUCCUCGUUUAUACCUAAUCCAGAACCGGACUCUCCAGCAGCCUGUGUCCACGGCCAGUGUCGGCGUCCGCCCCACGCAGGCCUGUCCCAGUCUGUCCAGUUGACUCCUCAGUCCUCGAGUUCAGUGCUGAAGCAAAACUCUUCCCUUCUCCGUUUUACAGGACCAGCUUGUAGCUUUUUUUGAAAGUGAACUGUUAAAAACUGUUGUUGUAGUAAUAAGCUUUGUGAGGCAGCGCGUUGCCCAGCGUGAAAGCCCAGCGGAAGCUCCGGUCUGGGUAACGAUGCUGUCAAACCCAAAUUGUUUGUUGUUCUGUGAUCAUUUGAAUAGAAAUGACUAUGAAUCCCUCACUGUGUGCAGUCUCUAGACUGAGAUAUUCCCAGUUUACCCAAAGUUAAGUCCCUGCUGACAACACACUGGAUACUUGUAUAUAUGUUUAGUUUGUUUCUGAUGCAUUUCUCUUUUCAAACUGUUGUCUCUAUAGUUUGACACUAGAAUCUCUCCUUCUUGCCUUUCUUCGCAUAUAAAUCUGAUUACCUGAUGGUGGGUUGUGAUGUUGCCUAGAAUGAUUGUUUACAAUUUUAUUCCAUUUAUCUCUGGAUAUUCUGUAAAUAUUGUAAUUCAUUGUCUUUUUUUAACUUGAUAAUAAAGUUAUCAGAUAACACUG